GUGUUUAGGCAGCUUCAAGUGUCUUCAUGACUCAAACCUCAUAGAUUGCGCCCAAAUCGAAUCCUUGAAAGUUAAAACCCUAGUUUAUCUUCUUACAAAAUCUUUUAAAUUCUAUCUUCUAGCUGCUUUUCUGCUUCUCCGAUGGUUAUCAUCCAUAGUUGUUCCCUUGUUUCCCCUCUCGAAACCAGAGCUAUCUAAUCGCUUCAUUUGCCCCUUUUUUUAGUAUCUUCUUUCUUUUUUUUUUUCUUUUAAUUUGAGAAAUAGGAUCGGGAUUGUAGAAAAUUCUAUAGCAAUGGGCUUUUAUUUUGGGAUUUGAUUUGAUAGGCCUCGGAGCUCCAAAUUGUAUUGUGAAAUGGAUAGAAAUGGAAUAAUUGUGGCAGUAUUGUUAUUGAUUUUGAUUGUUGCCGAUGUUUCCAAUGCUUCCUUGCUCUCGACGUUUCGAAGAUUUGUAGCCGUUACGGGCAUAAACCAAAUUUCUCCAUCGCCAAGUCCAGAUCCUUUAUUGGUUGUUACUAAUGGGAGGUCAAAUGGGACAAUUUCGAAGGAUAGGAAGGUACCAGAUGAUUCUAACAAGGUUGACUCUGGUUCAAAGGGUUCGAUGGCAGGUCCGCCUCCUCAAAACAAAAGGGAGGAUGAGAAGUCUCAUGGAACGACAAAUAGGAAUGACAAUAAAACGGAUUCACAGUCAGAGGUUGGUCAAAAUUGUACUGGGAUGACUAGACGGUGCAAGGAUCAGGAUAAAUUGGUUGCCUGCAUUCUUAGUUCUCAAACUGGGCACAAAAAAUUUGUGGUUCUAGUCCAGAAUGAUGGAGAAAGCGAUCUGAAAGUGACUCUUUCUGCUCCAAAUCCCAUUGAUAAUACUCUCCUUGAAAUACCCAAACACCGAACUAGAAAGAUCAAUUUAGCUGUUGGUAACAGCAAUGAAGUGAUACUAGAAGCUGGAAAGGGGGAGUGUGUUCUACACACGGAUCUUCCUGCAUCUCAGGGAAACAUUUUCAUGCACCUUCCUUCUUACAACAAACUGAUCACUCCCAUUAAUGGUGCCUACUUCAUAAUUCUCACUGUGUUAAUUUUUGGAGGGGUAUGGGCUUGCUGCUUGUUUAGAAAGAGGAAACAACACGAUGGCAUACCUUAUCAAGAACUUGAGAUGGGUUUGCCAGAAUCUAGUUCAGCAAACAAUGUGGAAACAGCAGAAGGUUGGGAUGAGGGCUGGGAUGAUGACUGGGACGAGGAAAAUGCGGUGAAGUCACCAGCAGCACGUCAUUUGGGAAGUAUCUCAGCCAACGGCCUUAUUUCUAGGUCUCCAAAGAAGGAUGAAUGGGGAAAUGAUUGGGAUGAUUAGGACUUCUGCAGUGGAAAAAGAGAGACUUCUACCCAUGAGGGUACAGAGUGGAGAAACAAGAAAAAGAAUAGAUACACAAAAUUUAGGUGAUGAAAUAUUGGUUGUAAAUCAUUCUCACACUUGUCAUGCUGACAUUCAAAGUUUUCAUGUGAAACAAUGAGAGUCCAGAGAGGUCAUUUUCAUUUCUGAAGAACAGAGGUGAUGUAUCUUUCUGCUUUUUGUGAAAUACAAAUUGUUCUGUGCAA